ACCACCGUGGGCACGUGGCGCGGCUGGCGGCGCGCGGGCGGCGCGUGUGGCGCGUGGUGGGCUCGGACGCGCGCUGCUUCCUGGUGUGCAUGAGCUACCUGACGCUGGUCCAGUCGCUGCUGGUGUCCGGCUACCUGAGCAGCGUCGUCACGACGAUCGAGCGACGCUUCCGCCUGCGCUCCGCCGAGUCCGGCCUGCUGGUGAGCUGCUUCGACUGCGGCAGCCUCGUCGUCGUCGUCUUCAUCAGCUACUUCGGGGGGCGGGGCCACCGGCCGCGCUGGCUGGCGGUGGGCGGGGUCUUUAUCGCGGUGGGCGCCGCCCUCUUCGCCCUUCCGCACUUCCUGGCUCCGGCCUAUCAGCUGGAGGAGCAGAACAGCACCGCCCUGGGGGAGGGGCUGUGCGAGGCGGCGGGGGCGGAGUCUAACGGCAGCAGCAGCAGGGGGGGGGCCCAGGUGUGUCGGCGUGACUGGGAGGGGCAGGAGCACCAGCUGUACGUCACGCUGUUCGUCAUCGCCCAGAUCCUGGUGGGGAUGGGAUCCACCCCCAUCUACACGCUCGGACCCACCUACCUGGACGACAACGUCAAGAAGGAGAACGCAUCGCUCUACCUGGCCAUCAUGUAUGUAAUGGGGGCCCUGGGUCCAGCUGCUGGUUACCUGCUGGGAGGCGUCACAAUCGGCUACUACGUUCACCCAUACACACCUGUCACCAUCGACCAGAGCGACCCGCGCUUCAUAGGCAACUGGUGGAGUGGGUUCCUCCUGUGUUCCGUUGCUAUGUUGCUGGUUGUCGUGCCGAUGUUGGCCUUCCCCCAGAAGUUGCCCCCCCGCCAUAAGCGCCGCCGCAAGAAGCUGGCCCUGGAGGCGGCGCACGAUGAUGAUGUCAUCAAGGAGAAGACGCAGAACCAGCAGGCCUCAAUGGGCUUUGGCAAGGACAUAAAAGAGCUGCCGCGGGCUGCGUUCCGUAUCCUGAGUAACGUGACCUUCCUCUUCAUGAGCCUGUCCUACACGGCGGAGUGCGCCAUCGUCACCGCCUUCAUCACCUUCAUCCCCAAGUUCAUCGAGUCGCAGUUCAGCAUCCCCGCGUCCAGUGCCAGCAUCUACACAGGCUUGAUCAUCGUGCCCAGCGCCGGCGUGGGCAUCGUGUUGGGCGGGUACAUUAUCAAGCGUCUGAAGCUGGGCGAGCGGGAGAGUGCCCAACUGGCGCUGGUCUGCAGCGGAGUGUCUCUGCUCUGCUUCGCCACGCUCUUCAUCACCGGCUGCGACAGCAUCAACCUGGGGGGCAUCAACAUACCGUACACACAGGGUCCGUCCCUGUCUCUGUCCCAGAGGAACCUGACCGCUGGGUGUAACGUGGCGUGCGGGUGCGUAACCCACGACUACGCCCCCGUCUGCGGCUCUGACGGCAUCACCUACUUUAACCCCUGUCUCGCCGGCUGCAGCAGCGUGGCCAACGACAGCUCGGGGGUGAGGAACUACUCGGACUGCGCGUGCGUGCAGAGUCGUCAGGUGAGCACGGCGCGCGGCGGUGUCCGUGGCAACGGCCUGUCGGUGGUGAUCGUGGAGACGUUCCUGCGAGGGAAGGGCUGGGCGCGGGAGGGGCGGUGCCAACGCACGUGCGGAACCCUCAUCCCCUUCCUCAGCUUCCUCUUCAUCGUCACCUUCAUCACCGCCUGCGCCCAGCCCGCCGCCAUCAUCGUCACGCUCAGAUCAGUGGAUGAGCAGGAAAGACCCUUUGCACUGGGGAUGCAGUUUGUUCUCCUGCGGACACUUGCAUACAUCCCGACGCCCAUCUAUUUCGGCGCGGUGAUCGACACGGCGUGUAUGCUGUGGCAGCAGCAGUGUGAUUCGCUGGGCUCCUGCUGGGAGUAUGACUGUCACUUCCCUCCGCUUCGUGUACUUCGGCCUGGCAGCCAGCCUCAAGCUCAUCGCCUUCUUCUUCAUCUUCCUCACCUGGCUGUCCAUCAAGCGCCAGGAGGAGCGCUACAACCGUUGCCGCGGCAACCUGGACGCCCUGGACACGGUCAGCGAGCUCAUCGGCCACGCCGGCGGGGUGAAAGGUCACGCCCGCACCCGCUCCUGCCCGCCCUUCCUGCUGCGUAUGGAUCACCACCCGUCGCCGUGGCGGCGGGCCAGGUGCUCAACCGCGGAACAACCGGUUGCCCUGGAAACGGACCGAAGGCCAUCGCCCCCCCGCCCAACCGACCGGGAGAAAAGCCCUAAUGGACACAGACACACACACACACACACACACCACACACACACACACACACACACACACACACACACACACACAGAG